AUGAUUGGUGGAGUUCUCCUUGACUAUAUGAAUCCUUUUUUACUUUUGGGUGUAUCAAUGUUGGCUACUGCAGUUGGGUUGUAUUUCAUUCCUUUGUGCAAGAAGGCAUUUUUACUGAUUAUCAUGAUGGCUGUGUUUGGUGCUUCAGUUGGUGUUGUGGAUACAGGUGGGAACGUUCUCAUCUUGGCUCUUUGGGGGGACAAAGGAGCCCCACACAUGCAGGCCUUGCACUUCAGUUUCGCCUUGGGCGCCUUUCUGGCUCCCCUGCUGGCUAAGUUGGCCUGGGGUACAGCAGCAUCUGCUCAGAACCACACCGAGUCCGACUUUAACUCUCUAGUGCUGAACCGAUCCUCCAAAGCCGCCUCAGACUCUGUGUUCGCGGUACCCGAUGACAUGAAUCUGCUGUGGGCAUAUGCUUCUAUCGGCACCUACGUUUUAGUAGUCUCUGUCUUUCUGUUUGGUCUGUUUUGUAAGAAACAUUCAAGGCAGGAAAAGUCCGCAGCAUCAGCUCAGGGGGCUCGCAGGGCUAAGUAUCACUGGGCCCUGCUGUGCCUCCUCUUCCUCUUCUUCUUCUUCUAUGUGGGAGCCGAGGUGACCUAUGGCUCUUACGUAUUCUCCUUCGCCACCACCCACGUCGGCAUGGAAGAGAGCGAGGCAGCUGGCUUGAACUCCAUCUUUUGGGGGACCUUUGCAGCCUGCAGGGGCCUGGCCAUCUUCUUUGCGACGGUCUUACGGCCUGGAACCAUGAUCGUUCUGAGCAACAUAGGCAGCCUGGCCUCGUCUUUCUUUCUGGUGCUUUUUGAUAAGAAUUCUCUCUGUCUCUGGAUCGCGACUUCUGUGUAUGGAGCCUCAAUGGCAACCACGUUUCCCAGCAGCAUCUCUUGGAUUGAGCAGUACACCACCUUAACUGGGAAAUCUACAGCAUUCUUUGUAAUUGGUGGUACCCUGGGAGAAAUGGCCAUUCCUGCAGUCAUCGGAAUUCUUCAGGAACACUACCCGGAUCUGCCAGUGGUUCUGUACAUAUGUCUGGGCUCAGCCAUAUUCACGGCUGUUCUAUUUCCUGUGAUGUAUAAAUUAGCCACCUUACAUUUGUAA